CAAUAUAUAAUGUAAAUACCAGUACGUUGUGAACAAAAAAAAAUAAAAUUGGAUAUGUUUAGUUAUGCAGAUGUCUACCUUUGACAUUCAGGGAAGUGAGCGUAUGAUAUGACAAAAACUGCUUUAUAAGGAUGAAUAAUCUGUUUUGUUUGAAAUAAUCAUUACUAGAUAGUAAAUUAAAUAAAAUAAUGUGCACUUAACAUAACCUAUUAAAAAAUAAUGUAAAUAUCAAUCACUUCGUUGUCAAUGGAAUAUUAUAGAUUGAAUUUUGUAAAUGGAUCCUCAAGCAGGGAAUAUGAUUAAUCUAUCUGGUGAAAGUAAUCGAUUAGAUUGCGAAUUUGAUGAAAAUGACUUAAGCAGCUCUGGAAAAACUACAGAGAUGGGGGACAUGUCCUUUUGCAUGUCCAAUUAUCUACAAGAGGCAAUGAAGAUGAUGUUUAUAAUGAGGAGUCACAAUAUGUUAACGGAUGUAGUGCUGGAAGUGGACACUGAGCAGUUUCAUGUUCAUAAGGUUGUUCUUGCAGCUGCAAGUCCGUAUUUCAAGGCAAUGUUUACUGGUGGGCUUAAGGAAACUGAAAUGUCUCGAAUCAAGUUACAAGGCGUUUGUCCAACUGCUAUGGGACGAAUUAUUUAUUUCAUGUACACAGGAAAAAUCAGAGUGACUGAAGUGACUGUUUGUCAGUUACUUCCUGCUGCAACAAUGUUUCAGGUGACGAAUGUGGUAGAUGCAUGCUGUGUAUUUUUGGAGAGACAAUUAGAUCCUACAAAUGCAAUUGGCAUAGCUGAUUUUGCCGAAAAAUAUGGCUGUAGUGAUUUAUGUCAUAAGGCCAAUCAAUAUAUUGAACAACACUUUACACAGAUUUGCCAAGAGGAGGAGUUUUUGAAAUUAUCUGCUAUGCAACUUAUUGCACUAAUACGCAAAGAUGAAUUAAAUGUACAGGAAGAACGAGAAGUAUAUAAUGCAGUUUUAAAAUGGGUAAAAUACAGUGAAGAUAUUAGAUAUCCCAAAAUGGAAAGCAUAUUGUAUGCUGUACGAUGUCAAUUCCUAACUCCAAAUUUUUUGCAAGAUCAAAUGAAAAACUGUGAUGUUCUUAAGAAGGUUCCUGCUUGUCGAGAGUACCUGGCUAGAAUAUUUAAGGACUUGACUCUGCAUAAAAGGCCUGUUGUUAAGGAACGCACACCAAACACUCCAAGAGUUAUUUAUGUUGCUGGAGGCUAUCUUAGAAGUAGUUUAGAUAUAUUAGAAGGUUAUAAUGUUGAUGAUCGAAGUUGGAUAUCACUGCCAAAAUUAACAGUUCCGAGAUCUGGUUUGGGCGGAGCUUUUUUAAAGGGUACUUUUUAUGCAGUUGGAGGUCGUAACAAUUCUCCUGGUUCAUCUUAUGAUUCAGAUUGGGUUGACAGAUACAACCCUUUAACAGAAAAUUGGCGACCUUGUGCACCCAUGUCUGUACCUAGAAAUAGGGUGGGUGUGGCAGUAAUGGACGGUUUAUUGUAUGCAGUAGGAGGUUCUGCUGGUUCCGAUUAUCACAAUAGUGUUGAAUAUUAUGAUCCAGAUGAAGAUGUAUGGACAACUGUGAAAUCAAUGCAUUUUAAAAGACUUGGGGUCGGAGUUGCAGUUGUUAAUAGGUUACUUUAUGCUAUUGGUGGUUUUGAUGGAGUUAAUCGGCUAUCAAGUGUUGAAUGUUAUCACCCAGAAAAUAAUGAGUGGACCAUAGUGGAGCCAAUGAAUACCCCUCGGAGUGGUUCUGGUGUUGCAGCUUUAAAUCAGUACAUAUAUGUAGUCGGAGGUUAUGAUGGAUAUCGUCAGUUGUCUACAGUAGAAAGAUAUGAUACAGAACACAAAGCAUGGGAGUUUGUUUCAAGUAUAAAAAUAGCUCGAAGUGCGUUAUCCCUCACUGUGCUGGAUGGAAAACUGUAUGCAAUGGGUGGCUAUGACGGUCAGAACUUUCUCAGUAUAGUUGAAGUAUAUGAUCCAGGUUCUGAUAGCUGGGCUGAAGGUCAUCCACUUACAGCUGGCCGGUCAGGUCAUGCCUCAGCUGUAUCCUAUCAGCAUUCAUGUAUUUUACUUCAAGGUGAAAAUGAACAAGACAUGACAAGUGGUGGCUCAUUUUCAAAGAAAAAAAAUUCACAAUCCCCACCCCCUUCCUCAUCGAGUGGGAACUCAUCACAACCCAGUUCAAGUGCAAAUUCUAAUUAUUUUUCACAAAAUGAAUCAUCUCCUAUGUCUCAUCCACUCGUAAAUCAAGAUCUAUUAAAUGGUUCAUUACAAUCACGAAAUGGUUCAAGUGACUAUCCUUGUAAGGCACCUGACAAUUGUGUGAAUGCAAUGUCUUUUAUUAAACAUUGCAUAAUGCCACAUAAUAUGUCAUUAUGCAAAACUGUUAAAUCUAUCAAAAUGUGUUAUAGGAAAUCUGUAAAGAAUUCGAAGAUUAAGAAUGGAAAUAGCUAAUAUUUAGGUUUUAGAUUAGAUAAAUGCAAAAAAAUAAUUCAAGAAUCAGUAACUAGUUAUUCUAAUGAUGAUCUGAUGCAAACUGGGCAAGACCACAAC